GAGGGAAUUAAAAAAGCCAGAACCAAAGGCUGCUGGCUCCUCCAAUAAGACGACCCCCCGCUCCGACUUUGACGUGGUGGCCAGGUCCUGGGAGGAUGGAGCCUACCUGUUCAUCAUCAAAGUGGAGAAGCAGCAAGCUGGCGGGACUCUGCAGCUUCAGGUCAGCAUGAAGGGUCCUCAUGGCUUUAUCUCAGCAACCGAGUGGCCUCUGAUGGUGUUCUACAUGGUGAUGUGCAUCAUGUAUGUGCUGAUGGCCGUGCUGUGGUUGGUUCUGUCUGCUUGCUACUGGAGGAGCCUGCUCAGGAUCCAGUUCUGGAUCGGAGGCGUCAUCUUCCUUGGGAUGUUGGAGAAGGCGGUUUACUACGGCGAGUUCCAAAGCAUCAGAUACGAGGGUUUGUCGGUCCAUGGGGCGGUAGUGUUUGCUGAGGUGCUGUCGGCCGUGAAGAGGACAUUGGCCAGGGUUCUGGUCAUCAUUGCCAGUCUGGGAUACGGGAUCGUCAAACCCAGACUUGGCGCCUUGAUGCACAGAGUCGUCGGGGUCGGCCUGCUCUACCUGCUCUUCUCCAUCAUCGAGGGAUUGCUUCGAGUCAACACCGAUCGGGGGAACGACAACAGCAGUUUGAUUGUGUGUGAUGUUGUGCUAGCCUUGACUGACUCCUGUAUUGUCUGGUGGAUAUUUGUGAGUUUGGCUCAGACAAUGAAGCUGCUAAAGCUGAGGAGGAACGUGGUGAAGCUUUCUCUCUUUAGACACUUCAGCAACACACUCAUCUUCGCCGUCAUCGCCUCUGUCAUCUUCAUCAUUUGGACUGCAAAGAACUUCACCAUGUCCCAGUGUCGCUCUGACUGGAGAGAAGUGUGGAUCCAGGACGCUUUCUGGCGCUUUUUGUUUUCCAUCAUACUGUUGGUCAUCAUGUUCCUUUGGCGACCAUCUGCCAAUAAUCAGAUGUACGCCUUCAGCCCCCUGGUGGACGCAGAGAGCGAAGACGAGGAGGAGAAGGAGCCCAUGAUGAACGAGGCUUUUGGGAUGAAGAUGAGAGGAGCAAAGAACGAAACCAACGGAACGGGCAGACCCAACAAAGUGGACGAGGAUCUGAAGUGGGUCGAGGAGAACAUCCCAUCGUCUAUGGCAGACAUGGCGUUGCCCCCCCUGCUGGACUCGGAUGAGGAAACUCAAACAACCAAGUUCGAGAUGUCCAAGAUGGAGUGAAGUUGGAAGGGGGCUCAUGGUGUGGAAAAAGAGAGAGCGGGUUUCAUCAAGUGAAGAAGGAAAGAUGAACCGGGGGAUGAAUGAGAAACAGAGUGAUUUUUUUUUUAAGGCAGAAAUAUCCGUGUGUGGUUCAGCUCCUGGAUUUAUGAGCUUCAUAAGCCUUCAUCGUCCAGAUACCGGGAGCUGAAUCGUCCACAGCUGUACACAAGGAUCCCUUUAUUUUUUAUUUUUAUUGCCUGUUUGUAUUUAUAUUGUAUGGUUCGCCUCUCUGUAUUUACAGUAUAUUUAAACGAAUCUGUUUUCUGCAGCACCGCCCUGCUGGAUGUUUGCUGGUCAGGGUUUGUUUUAUGGUCACAUUAAAGAGUCUGUGUGUCUGGAUAUUUUUCAACCUGUAAAGCCAAAGGGAUGAAUCGGAGAGAAAAUGUGGAUGAAUAAUUCAGUUUUGUUUUGCAGUUUCAGCCAAUAAAGCUUUUCACCUUCACAUGAUU